AUGAAAUUGGAAAAAGUUGAAAAUAUGAGUGAGAGAGAAACUCUUGAAACGCCACAGUUAAACCCGUUGGUGAAUCCCAGUUCUGCUACAAUACCAGGUGAUUUCCCAUCUACAGCAGAAUUAAUGCAGAAAGUUAUCUCUGUAAAUCCAUUUGACAUGAAAUUUAGGGAGGCUAAUCGACGUCUUAGUCAAGGAUGUCAGAAUUUAUAUGACCAGAGUGCUUUGAAUGACGGGAUCUCGGUGCCUACCACAGGAGGUGUUACACUACUUAAACUGCCGUCAACGCUUUCACAUUCGCCUGGUAUCUUUUCUAAUAUAAAUGUUUUGUCAGCCGGCAUUGAUGGAGAAAACAUGAAAACUGCUGACUUUUCCAGACUAAUCCAGCAGAUCAAAGAUAGCGGAGCGGAUUCAUCUGCCGUUUCGAAUACCGUUAUCUCAACCGUUUCUACAACAAUUCCGUCUAUCGAACGACAACCAGUAAAGAAACGUAUUGCAAUUCGUUCAAAUGCGCAAGGGACAUCCACAAAACCUGUGCAGACAAAUUCGAUGGGUGCACGACCCGGAAGGGAACCAAAUUCUUUGCGUCUGCAAAGCCAGGUACGCGGUAGUGAUCAGUGGGACCCGAGAGAUGUAAAGCCGUUGGUUGUGCGUGACAAGAAUGCUAAUGGAGUGCAAACAAAGCAGCAGUGCCUUCAGGGACACGCGGAAGGUUCGUUCAACCAGGAACGGCUAAGACAGGCGGAUGAAGCUCAUGGGCCGAAAAGUAAUGAAAGCCCGUCUUCUGCACCGCCCCGUAGUGGUCGCGGGCGUGGGCGUUCAUCUCUUACGGCAGACUUACCGCCAGAUGAGAGAAGGGUGACUAUUUUGGAAAGGAACAAAGCAGCUGCCGUGCGCUACAGGAAGAGGAAGAAGGAAGAACAUGAUGAAAUGAUAUCCCGUGUCCAAACUUUAGAGCAAGAGAAAGUUACACUCUCUACUCAGAAUGAAGUUCUUCGGCGUGAAUUGAAAAGGGUUACCGAAGAGUUUAAGAUCUAUCGUGCUCAAUGUGUUUGUCACUGUGGUCGAGUUAAUGAUACGAUUCCUGGGGACUCAGCUGCCGAGAUAGAUACAGUACCACCACUGAGCCAGCAAACCGAUCUCAAUACUUACGCUCCGCAACAAAUGAUUUCUUCUGGUGUACAAUCGGGCAAGAAAGUGACAAAGUAG